UUUUGCGACAUAACUUUUCUUUUCGAUGAUCGCCUAGUCUGGGCUGCAUCUGUGGCCAUGUGUGCGCACAAUCUAAACUUGUAUAGUCGUUAGUGGAACGACUUCAGGCUUAAAUCCAAAUUGACGUUUACCUCAGCGAGGCUUUUUCGUGUAAGCGCAGAUUUCGUUAGCAACGUUAAUGGAAUACUCUGCAGUUACUACAAUACACACGGACUGGUCUGCUGAAGCCACACCUACAUUAUGACUCAAAAAAAUGUAAGCACUGAAGUGUUCAGUAUUUCUCUGCUCACCAACAGGCUCUGAGAUUCACCGUUCUACUCUGAGAGGAAAUACUGUCAUUUACAGAGACUUUAACUCACUGCUGACUGAAUCAGAGUAAGUUUUAAAAGUAAGUUUUGAAAAUAAACUUUAGACUACACCAGAGAAAAUGGCGUCCAGCUCGUCUCUCCCAGAGAAGGAUUUCUCCUGUCAUGUGUGCUGGGAAAUCUUUAAAGAUCCUGUCCUCCUGUCAUGUAGCCACAGCUUCUGUAAAGCCUGUCUGCAGGAAUACUGGAAGGAAAAGAAAGAAAGAAAUUGUCCAGUUUGCAGAGGAAUAUCAUCUAAGGAUUCCUUUAUUCUCAACCUGGCUCUGAAGAACCUGUGUGAGUCCUUCUUACAGGAGAGACGUCAGAGAGCUUCAGCAGGGUCUGAGGUGCUCUGCAGUCUGCACAGUGAGAAACUCAAGCUCUACUGUCUGGAUGAUAAACAGACAGUGUGUUUGGUGUGUCAGACAUCUAGAAAACACACCAACCACAGAUUCAGACCCAUAGAUGAAGCUGCACAGGAUCUCCAGGAGGAACUCCAGCCUGUUCUGAAGUCCUUACAGGAGAAGCUGAAGAUCUUUAAUGAAGUUAAACUAACCUGUGAUCAAACAGGACAUCACAUUAAGGUCCAGACCCAGCACACAGAGAGGCAGAUUAAGGAGGAGUUUAAGAAGCUUCACCAGUUUCUACAAGAGGAAGAGGAGGCCAGGAUAGCUGCACUGAGGAAGGAGGAGAAGCAGAAGAGUCAGAUGAUGAAGGAGAAGAUUGAGGGGCUGAACACAGAGAUAUCAACACUUUCACACACAAUCAGAGCCAUAAAGGAGGAGCUGAAAGCUGAAGACAUCUCAUUCCUGCAGAACUACAAGGACACAGUGAAAAGAGCCAAGUUCACUCUGCCGGAUCCACAGUUGGUCUCAGGAGCGCUGAUAGACGUGGCCAAACACCUGGGCAACCUGACCUUCAGAGUCUGGGAGAAGAUGCAGCACAUUGUCACAUACACUCCUGUGACUCUGGACCCCAACACUACCCACCCACACCUCAUCCUGUCUGAGGAUCUGACCAGUGUGACAUACAGUCAGGAGAGACGGCAGCUUCCUGACAACCCAGAGAGGUUUGAUUGUAAACUGUUGAUCCUGGGCUCUGAGAGCUUUAACUCAGGGACACACAGCUGGGAUGUUGAGGUUGGAGACAGUACAGACUGGGACCUGGGUGUGGAAACCGAGUCUGUCGAGAAGAACGGGGAACGCUGGGGAAUCUGGUUCUAUGAUGGUGUAUACAGACCAAUGUCCUCAUCAGGUCCAGGCACUGAUCUCAGUGGGAGACAGAAAGCCCAGAUGAUCACAGUGCAGCUGGACUGGGACAGUGGAAAGCUGUCAUUCUCUGACCCUGAUAGAAACACGCACCUACACACAUUCAGACACGCCUUCAUUGAGAGUGUUUCCAUACAUUUGUAAUUGUUGCACUCUCCACCCUCUGAGGAUCUUACCAGUGAGGGAGGGAGAGAAGGGACAGAUAAGAGGGGGAGAAAGAAGAGAG